CCGCGCGUUCCGGGCGGUGGGCGUGGCCCGCGGCGGCGCACCUGGGUGACGUCAGGGGCGCACACCUGCGAUGGCGGCGGGGCGGCUCCUCCCGCUGCUCCUGCUGCUCCUGGGGGGCCCGGGGGGCUCCGGGCAGGACCCCCCGAGCGGCCCCGCCGCCCUCGCCGCCCGGUGCCGGUUACCGGCGCUCACCGGCCGCUGCCGCGCCUCCAUCCCGCGCUGGUUUUUCAACGCCUCCUCCGGGAGCUGCGAGAGUUUCGUGUUCGGCGGCUGCGGCGGCAACGGGAACAACUUCGGCAGCGAGCGGGAGUGCCGGGAGAGCUGCGCGGGCUCCGCUCCCUCCAGCCCUGUCAGCACCAAUUCCACCUUAGCAGAGCUGUGCUCGGCGCCGCCGGUGCCGGGGCCGUGCCGCGCCGCGUUCCCGCGCUGGUUCUACGUCCCCGCGGAGAAAUCGUGCCGGGAGUUCACCUACGGCGGCUGCCGCGGCAACGCCAACAACCACCGGGACGAGCGCGAGUGCCUGCGGCGCUGCCGGCCCGCCGGUGAUUUCGGCGCCGAAGUCCGGAGAUUCUUCUCCUCCAAAGGAGCAGUUUUGGGGGGUCUCCUGGCGCUGGGGGCCGCGCUGGCCGCGGGGCUCGCCCUGGGCCGGCGCCGCUGCCGGACGAAGCCGCGAGCGCCGGGAGCCGCCGGGAGCGAGGACCGGGAGUGCCUGGUGAAGGAGCCGUACCUGGCCUGAGCCCCAAAACCACCCCAAAACCCCCAAAAACACCCCAAAAAUACCCCAAAAUCCCCCAAAAUCCCCCAGGAGCUGCCCCCAAAUCCCCCUCCCCUGACAAUGAUCCGUGCUCUGAUUUUUAUUGAUUUUUUCUAGGGAAUAAAUGGAAUUAUUUUGGGAAAGGCGGGCGGGAAAACCCCUAAAAAAAAAACCAAAAAAAAUGCCCCAAAAAAUCCCAAAAAAUCUUCCAAAAAACCCCAAGAAAUCCCCUCAAAAAAUCCCCAAAACAACCCAAAAAAUCCCCCCAAAAUCCCCCAAAAACCCCCCAAAACUCCCCCAGGAGCUGCCCCCAAAUCCCUCUCCCCGCGCCGCUCCUGACAAUGAUCCUGAUUUUUAUUGAUUUUUUCUAGGGAAUAAAUGGAAUUAUUUUUGGGAAGGGCGGGUGGGAAAACCCCCAAAAAAUCCCCCCAAAAAAUCCCCCAAACCCCCCCUAAAAAAACCCACAAAAAACGACAAAAAAAAAAAAAAAAAUCCACAAAAAAUCAAAUAAAUGGAAUUUUGGGAAGGGCGGGUGGGAAUUUGUAGCCCAAAAAAACCCCCCGCCCCCAAAAA